GUACGAGCGCCGUGGGCGAGCGGGCGGGCGGGGCGCGGAUUGAGGCCACUAUUUAACCGCUCGGCGGCCGCGCAACGACCUGUUGUGAUCCCGUCAUGGCGCGCUACGCCCGUGUCGCUCCUCUGGUCGCGUGUCUCUUAGUCGCUUGCGCGGUCGCCGACGGCCACCGUUGGCGGCGACAAGCCGAGGAUGCCAAGAAAGACGACAACCAGGAGCUAGAGCUAUGCAAGGACAAGGACGCUGGCGAAUGGUUCCGGCUGGUGGCCGGCGAGGGCGACAACUGUCGCGACGUCAUCCAGUGCACUGCCUCGGGCAUACAAGCCAUUCGUUGUCCAGCUGGUUUGUUCUUCGACAUUGAGAAGCAAACUUGCGAUUGGAAAGAUGCCGUAAAGAACUGCAAACUAAAGAACAAGGAACGCAAAGUGAAACCACUCUUGUAUACUGAGGAGCCGCUGUGUCAAGAUGGCUUCUUGGCUUGCGGUGAUACCAGUUGUAUCGAGCGUGGUUUGUUCUGUAACGGCGACAAAGACUGUCCUGAUGGAUCCGACGAGAACUCUUGCGAUAUCGACAAUGAUCCUAACAGAGCUCCACCAUGCGACACUUCACAAUGUGUGCUGCCCGACUGUUUCUGCUCAGAGGACGGAACAGUUAUCCCCGGGGACUUACCCGCUAAAGAUGUGCCCCAGAUGAUUACCAUUACUUUUGAUGACGCCAUUAAUAACAACAACAUCGAGCUGUACAAAGAAAUUUUCAAUGGAAAACGUAAAAAUCCAAAUGGUUGUGACAUCAAGGCCACAUUCUUUAUUUCUCACAAGUACACAAACUAUUCAGCCGUGCAAGAAACUCACAGAAAGGGACACGAAAUCGCGGUACACUCAAUCACGCAUAAUGACGAUGAACGCUUCUGGAGCAACGCUUCUAUCGAUGACUGGGGUAAAGAAAUGGCCGGCAUGAGAGUUAUCAUCGAAAAAUUCGCUAACAUUACUGACAACAGCGUAGUGGGUGUCCGCGCGCCUUACCUACGUGUCGGUGGCAACAAUCAGUUUACGAUGAUGGAAGAGCAAGCUUUCUUAUACGACAGUACUAUCACAGCUCCUCUGUCUAAUCCUCCUCUAUGGCCAUACACUAUGUACUUCCGUAUGCCCCAUCGCUGCCACGGCAACCUGCAGAGCUGCCCGACCAGAAGUCACGCUGUCUGGGAGAUGGUCAUGAAUGAACUCGAUCGCCGUGAAGAUCCUACCAAUGACGAGUACUUGCCCGGAUGUGCUAUGGUUGACUCGUGCUCAAAUAUUCUAACUGGUGAUCAGUUCUACAAUUUCCUGAAUCACAACUUCGACCGCCAUUACGAUCAGAACAAGGCUCCUCUCGGACUCUACUUCCACGCUGCGUGGUUGAAGAACAAUCCCGAAUUCUUAGAAGCGUUCCUGUAUUGGAUCGACGAAAUCCAGAGUACUCACAAUGACGUAUACUUCGUGACCAUGACUCAGGUAAUACAAUGGAUACAAAACCCGCGUACUGUUUCCGAAGUCAAGAACUUUGAACCGUGGAGGGAGAAGUGCGCCGUAGAAGCUAACCCCGCUUGUUGGGUACCUCACUCGUGUAAGCUCAUAUCCAAGGAAGUUCCCGGUGAAACCAUCAAUCUACAGACGUGCGUGCGGUGCCCAGUCAAUUACCCAUGGCUCAACGACCCAACGGGUGACGGCCACUACUAGAUGAGAUCUCGCACCUCAUAAGGUGCAAAUUAGUUUAUUAUAAAAUUGCAAUUAACGAUUGCAAGGACUGUAUAUUCGGGGUUCAAAUAAAAUGCCAACUUUUUUCAGUGUAGACUUAUUCGAUGACGAAUGAGUCCGUGUAAUUAGGAAAUGUACUGGGUCAUAAUCCCGAUGUAGUCUAAGUACCUACCUAAAUAUUUGUAAUAUAGACUCACAUUAUAUUAAUUAAUAGGUCUGUUUUAAUACUUUAUGUGAUUUUUCUACUUAAGUCUGUUGGAUAAAAUUAAAAAUAAAAAAAUAAAAAAUA